UAAGAUCCGGGGCGGACCCCUCUCUUUUGUUCCCGGGCUGCGGCAGCGGGAGCGGCUCGGGGGUGCGGUCUCUAAGAAAAUGGCAGACAAACCAGACAUGGGAGAGGUCGCUAGCUUCGACAAAGCCAAGCUUAAGAAGACAGAAACACAGGAGAAGAACACGCUCCCCACCAAAGAGACAAUCGAACAAGAGAAAAGGGGUGAAGUUUCCUAAGGCCCCGGACACACCCUCGAUGGGACCCCCAGUCCUGAUUUUUGAAGCUCUACCUGAAUCAUCACGGCCGAAGACAUGAGGCACCACCUGGGUGCUUGAAGCUCUGAUACUUAAAUGGACUUAAGAUUGGACCCACCACACUCACCCGUUGAUCUUGAAAUGUCCUAGAAAGUUACCUGUAGGACUUGUGAAAAUAAAGUACGUUGCGAAAUGUC